AUGCUGGGGAAUGAAAAGCUUGAAGAUUCUUGGAUAUCCCAGUCAGCUUCCUUCCCUAGGAAUCAGAAGCAACCAGGUGUGGAUUCCUUGUCACCUGUAGCAUCACUUCCUAAACAGAUUUUCCAGCCUUCUGCCCAGCAGCAGCCUUCUAAACAGGUUAAAGUCACAUGUGCAAACUGUAAAAAACCUUUGCAAAAGGGACAGACCGCAUACCAGCGAAAAGGAUCAGCUCACCUUUUUUGUUCUACUACCUGCCUCUCAUCAUUCUCACACAAACCCACUCCAAAGAAACUUUGUGUUAUGUGCAGAAAAGAUAUAACAACAAUGAAAGGUACCAUUGUUGCUCAAGUUGAUUCAAGUGAGUCUUUCCAGGAGUUUUGCAGUACAUCAUGUUUAUCCUUCUAUGAAGAUAAGCAGAAUCCAUCAAAAGGAGUUUUGAAUAAAUCAAGAUGCACUAUCUGUGGUAAACUAACUGAGAUUCGUCAUGAGGUUAGCUUUAAAAAUAUGACUCAUAAGCUGUGCAGCGACCACUGCUUCGAUAGAUACAGGAUGGCAAAUGGCUUAAUAAUGAAUUGCUGCGAGCGUUGCGGGGAGUAUUUGCCCAGUAAAGGAGCUGGAAACAAUAUUCUUACUAUUGAUGGUCAGCAGAAAAGAUUCUGCUGUCAGAACUGCGUUGGUGAAUACAAGCAGAAAUAUGGCAAAUUAACAUCUUGUACUGGCUGCAGAGCUCAGUGCAGGUUUUUUGACAUGACUCAGUGCAUAGGACCUAAUGGAUAUAUGGAGCCAUACUGCUCAACUGCAUGUAUGAACACACACAAAUCAAAAUAUGCAAAAUCACAAAGUAUGGGAAAUAUUUGCCACUUUUGUAAACGAAACUCUUUACCUCAGUAUCAAGCCACAAUGCCUGAUGGAAAACUGUACAACUUUUGCAGUUCCAGUUGUGUAGCUAAAUUUCAGGCUCUCAGUGUACAGUCUUCAACAAAUGGUCAGUUUGUCUCUCCCAGUGAUAUUCAGUUGAAAUGUAAUUAUUGCAAAAAUGCUUUUUGUUCAAAGCCAGAAAUACUGGAAUGGGAGAACAAAGUGUAUCAGUUCUGCAGCAGAGCAUGUUCUGAUGAUUAUAAGAAACUGCACUGCAUAGUUACAUACUGUGAAUACUGUCAAGAGGAGAAAACACUGCAUGAGACGGUGAAUUUCUCUGGCAUCAAAAGACCAUUUUGUAGUGAAGGCUGCAAGCUGCUAUAUAAACAAGACUUUGCAAGACGGUUAGGACUGAGAUGUGUUACUUGUAAUUACUGCUCACAGCUGUGCAAAAAGGGAGCAACUAAGGAACUUGAUGGUGUAGUGAGAGAUUUCUGCAGUGAAGAGUGCUGUAAAAAAUUUCAGGACUGGUACUACAAGGCUGCGCGAUGCGACUGCUGUAAGUCUCAAGGAGCUCUCAAAGAGAAGGUGCAGUGGCGUGGCGAAAUGAAACACUUCUGCGACCAGCACUGUUUGCUCCGCUUCUACUGUCAACAAAACGAACCAAAUCUGGCAACCCAAAAAGGACCUGAGAACUUACACUAUGAUCAGGGCUGUCAAACCCCCCGAACAAAAAUAACAGGCUCAGCACCGCCACCUUCUCCAACACCUAACAGAGAGAUGAAGAACAAGGCAGUUCUUUGCAAGCCUUUGACAAUGACAAAAGCCACAUACUGUAAACCUCAUAUGCAGACAAAAUCUUGUCAAACAGAAGAUGAUUGGAAAAAAGAAUAUGUCCCAGUGCCUAUUCCUGUACCUGUCUAUGUUCCGGUGCCUAUGAACAUGUAUAGUCAAAAUGUUCCUGUUCCUACAACGGUUCCUGUUCCCAUACCAGUUCCAGUUUUUGUGCCCACUACCCUGGAUAGCAGUGAGAAAAUCCUUACAGCAAUAGAAGACCUGAGGGGGAAGGUACCCUCAAAUCCUCUAGAAACCGAGCUACUGAACUUGUCAGGGAUGGUAUCUGAACAUGAUGGAAGAGCUGAAGCUUCUGAUAUGACCAGUGUGGUAGUUGAGUCAGAUCUACUAAACUCAGAAACAGAGGCACAGACAAGCUUGCCUGAUGUUCCAUAUGAACCAGACCUUGAUAUUGAAAUAGACUUUCCAAGAGCAACUGAGGAGCUUGAUACAGAAAAUGAGUUUUUAUUGCCUCCUGUAUUUGGGGAAGAAUACGAAGAACAGCCAAGGCCUCGGUCCAAAAAGAAGGGGGUGAAGAGGAAAGCAGUGUCAGAAUACCAGGCUCACGAUGACAGCUCUGAAAACUCGGAGUGUAGUUUUCCAUUCAAAUACACGUAUGGUGUAAAUGCGUGGAAGCACUGGGUGAAGUCUCGGCAUUUAGAUGAAGAGCUUCCAGAACUAGAGGAACUGAAAUCAACAAAGUUUGUGAAAUUAAAGGAAGAUCUGUUGUCACAUACUUCAGCGGAGUUAAACUAUGGGUUGACACAUUUUGUCAAUGAAAUUCGAAGGCCAAAUGGAGAGAACUAUGCACCUGACAGCAUCUAUUAUCUGUGUCUUGGGAUUCAGGAGUUUUUAUAUGGAAGUAAUCGAAAAGACAACAUAUUUAUUGAUCCAAUCUACCAGACAUUUGAACAGGAAUUAAAUAAAAUCCUUAGAAGUUGGCAACCAAGUAUACUUCCAGAUGGAUCAAUAUUCUCUCGAGUUGAAGAAGAUUACCUUUGGAGGAUUAAACAGCUAGGAUCACAUUCACCAGUGGCUCUUCUGAACACUCUGUUCUACUUUAACACUAAAUAUUUUGGCCUGAAAACAGUGGAGCAGCACUUAAGACUUUCUUUUGGCACUGUUUUUAGACAGUGGAAAAAAAAUCCUCUAACAAUGGAAAGCAAAGCUUGUCUUCGAUAUCAAGUGUCUUCCCUGUGCCGAGCUGAUAGUGAAGAUAAAAUUACUACUGGAAAAAGGAAACACGAAGAUGAUGAACCAGUAUUUGAACAAAUUGAAAACACGUCUGAUCCAGCUAGAUGCCCUGUGAAAAUGUUUGAGUGCUAUCUGUCGAAAAGCCCACAGAAUCUGAAUCAGAGGACGGACAUGUUCUAUCUGCAACCAGAGUGCUCUGUCUCCACGGAGAGUCCCAUCUGGUACACUGCGACUUCACUGGACCGCAACACUUUGGAAAAUAUGCUUGUACGGGUUCUUUUAGUAAAAGAUAUUUAUGAUAAAGACAAUUAUGAACUGGAUGAAGACAUAGAUUAAAACAAACUUCCAAAAACAGUCAAGAAAACAAACAGCAUUAGAUAUAGUCAUGCUGCUAGCCCUUUACUAUGGAAAACAUUUCAAGUUUACCCUUUGUUUUACGAGUUUUGUAGCAGUGGGUACCCUCACCUGGGUAUUACCAUGUAAAUAGUUUGUGAGUGAAAGUUUCCAUUAUUCUGUGUAGUGGUUUUAGGAUACAUAACAAACACAUUUCAGAUUCCUUUUUUUUUUUUUUAAUUAUUAUUUAUUAGGUUAGGUAUGUUUGUAACUUUUUACAUUGGAAAAUAUGAAUGAGAAUGUGCCAUGUGUAAUUUUUUUUUCCCUUGUAGUAAGAGACAUCCAUAUUGCACAAGCCUGCUGUUGGAAGCUCCCUUGAAAGAAGGUUCUUUUAAUGGGUUCUUAAACCGGAUGGUUGUGUAUGGGUAGCACUACUAAAGUUUAGAACUUGCUGUGUCUUUCAGAAUUUUUAAAUAAAUUGUAAACUAAUAGGUUUUUUUACUUUUUAGUUACUGAAGCCUUAUAAGGUUAUUGUAGAGAGAUUCCAUCUUAUGUACCAAAAAUAGACAAAAGAGAAUGCUGUCAAUAUUGGUGUACUGUAAUGUGAAUCUAUUCUGGUGAAAGCAUUUUUUUGUUGCCCUUAUUAAAACCUUAGUGUCCUUUCCUUA